ACUGUACGAGUGCUCGAGUACGUGCACACCCAAGAAUCUCUAGACUGCCGUUAAACCACAAACUAAUCUCAAAGCUCCCCCAUCAUAAUUCCAGCACCCCAAACAACCAUAGCUUCUCAAUCUCGCCCCUUAUGGCGGUGAGUCAAUCCCCUUAAGAUUCCAAAGAUUCCCUCAUCCCGGUUACCCAUGGAUAACACUUACAUCGCCUCCAGAACCUUGGUAUAACCACCGUCGGGGAAGCCAAAGAGAUCCGCGGCAUGAACCUCAUCGCUGCCCACUCGCACAUUCGUGGCCUCGGAAUCGAUACAGAGACUCUUGAGCCACGGGCGACCUCCCAGGGCCUCGUGGGUCAAGCCCGUGCGCGCAAGGCCGCGGCAAUCAUUCUGAAGAUGGUGCAGGAGGGUAAGAUCGCCGGCAGGGCCGUGUUGAUGGCUGGACCGCCGAGCACGGGGAAGACGGCGAUCGCAAUGGCUAUGACGCAAAGUCUCGGGCCGGACGUACCGUUCACGAUGUUAUCGAGUUCGGAGAUCUUCUCUCUAGACAUGAGCAAGACCGAGGCCCUCACACAAGCUUUCAGGCAGAGUAUCGGUGUUAGGAUUAAGGAAGAGAGCGAAGUUAUUGAGGGGGAGGUCGUAGAGAUUCAGAUUGAUAGAUCUGUUACUGGAGUAUUUCAUCCAUCUUCUAUUCUGCCUGUUGGAGGCACUCUUCUGCAGAUACAAUUGCUAACACGCCAAAAGGGUCACAAACAAGGAAAGCUCACCAUGAAAACCACUGACAUGGAAACAAUGUACGACCUGGGCGCCAAGAUGAUCGACGGCCUCACAAAGGAGAAAGUAAUGGCCGGCGACAUCAUAAGCAUCGACAAGUCCUCCGGGAAAAUCACCAAGCUCGGCCGCUCAUUCACCAGAUCUCGCGAUUACGACGCCAUGGGCCCUGACACAAAAUUCGUCCAGUGCCCCGAGGGCGAGAUCCAGACACGCAAGGAAUCGAUCCACACCGUCUCUCUGCACGAGAUCGACGUCAUCAACUCCCGCACCCAGGGCUUCCUCGCGCUCUUCUCCGGUGACACUGGUGAGAUCCGCAGCGAGGUUCGUGAUCAGAUUAAUAUCAAGGUUGGGGAGUGGAAGGAAGAAGGCAAGGCUGAGAUCGUGCCUGGUGUGCUGUUCAUUGACGAGGUGCAUAUGCUGGAUAUCGAGUGCUUCUCGUAUAUCAAUAGAGCAUUGGAAAGCGAACUUUCGCCGAUUGUUAUCAUGGCGAGCAAUCGUGGGAAUACCAGGAUCCGUGGGACGAACUACAAGAGCCCGCAUGGCCUUCCAUUGGACUUUUUGGACAGGGUGGUUAUCAUGCCGACGUAUCCUUAUGGACCCGAAGAGAUUAAGGAGAUUCUUGCUAUCAGGUACACACCCACCCCACCGGCCGCCGGCCAAUCACAUUUCCAUGUAUCUGCUAACGGGUCGCUCACAGAGCUCAAGAAGAAGAAAUAACCCUUUCCCCUGACGCCCUUGCCCUCCUCACCAAGAUAGGUCAGGAAACCGGCCUCCGCUACAGCUCCCACCUAAUCACGACUGCAAGCCUUAUCGCCGCGAAGAGGAAAUCAAGUGUGGUCGAAGUAAGUGACGUCGAACGAAGCUACAAGCUCUUCUUCAAUCAGGAACGAAGCUCUCAAUACCUGCAGGAGUACGAAAAGAAAUUUAUCAGCGAGGACGGCAGCGUCACAUUCGCUGGCGGUGCUGCUACAGCCGGCGGGGGGGAUAGGAUGGAAAUCUCAUAA